UGUUCCUUACUUCUUAAUGUCAAAAAAACAACACAAUUGCGAAGCAAAGUGGUUAGUCGACUGGACAGCAGGAGAGGACAGUAAUUGGUGAAGCGAGGGGCUUGCGCGGGACUUUCUGCUUCGGUCGGCUUGUUUGAUUCAGUUGUGGUGUUGUUGUGUGAACCAGUGAACUGCGAACGCUCAAAGUUCGGACCGUGUCAGCCGCGGGCGUCUCGAUUCUACUUUGUAUUGUGUGGUUCUGGCUGUAGAAAAUAUUAAAUUAUUUAUAUAUUUUACAUCAUUGCCUAGUCUCCACCCAUAAAAACAACUGUUCAAUUUGUGCAAUUUUAAUAACAUAGUAAGAUAUACUAAAAUAACAGCACAAAUAUGUCUGUGAUGGGGAAAUUUGUUGUGCCCAACGUGUCAGUGCGGAAUUUUGCGAAAAUAGGUGCCGCGUUGCAAGCCGCGAAAUCAAAUAGAAACUAUUUUACGUAUACUCAAGAACUAUCUCAACCAUUGGACCGCAAGCCGGAGUUUUUGACUGCGAAAGAGGCAUUCGAAAAAUGUUUGAAAUCUGGACAAACGGUAUACGCUCAGGGUGCCGCGGCCACCCCGGUGCCACUUCUGGACGCCAUGACAGACGUCGGGAAGGCAGGCAAUUUGCGAGACAUCAAAGUGGUGCACAUGCAUACUGAGAAGGAAGCGAAGUACGUCGCACCGGAAUACAAGGACAUAUUCAGAUCCGUAUCUCUGUUCAUGGCAGCCAACGUACGUAAAUCGGUCGCGGAAGGUAGAUCGGAUGCAAUUCCAAUCUUCUUACAGGACAUACCUAAGCUGUUCCAUAGGAAGAUCAUAAGGCCCGACAUCGCUCUCAUUCAGGUGUCGCCCCCGGAUCAGCAUGGCUACUGCAGUUUGGGUACAUCUGUAGACUGUGUCAGGGCUGCUCUUGUCAACUCGCAGAUUAUAAUCGCCCAAAUAAACGUCAACAUGCCCCGUACAUUCGGUGAUGCGAUCAUCCACGUAUCGCACGUGGAUUAUGCGGUGCAAGACAACACCCCCCUUCCUGAACAUGGAGGCAAACCUGCCAGUGCGGAGGAAACCAAGAUCGGACAGCUCAUUGGGGAGAACUUGGUAGAAGAUGGUGCUACUUUGCAGAUGGGUAUCGGCAGCAUUCCGGACGCGGUGCUAUCAGCACUGAAGAAUCACAAAGACUUGGGCAUCCAUUCUGAGAUGUUCAGCGUUGGUAUCAUUGACCUGGUCAGACGAGGAUGUGUCACCAACAACAGGAAAAAGUUCCACAAAGGAAGGAUCGUUGGCAGUUUUUUGGUUGGAAACAAGGAACUUUACGACUUUGUAGAUAACAACCCUUUCAUUGAAAUGUUGGAGAUAGACUACGUAAACAAUACGCACGUAGUUUCGCUUCUGCCCAACAUGACAGCCAUUAACUCCUGCAUCGAAGUGGACAUCACUGGCCAAGUGUGCGCGGACUCUAUUGGAACCCGAAUGUUCUCUGGCUUCGGUGGGCAAGUGGACUUCAUCCGCGGCGCGGCGGAGGCGGUGGACGGCCGCGGCAAACCCAUCAUCGCAUUGGUGUCCACGACUAAACGGAAUGAGUCCAAGAUCGUGCCUACGCUUAAAGUUGGUGCUGGCGUAGUAACAACCCGAGCACACGUCAACUACGUGGUGACCGAGCAAGGCAUUGCCAAUCUGUUCGGAAAGACGCUCCGGCAACGCGCAUACGAACUGAUCAAGAUCUCGCACCCGGACCACCGCGAAGCUCUCGAGAAGGCAGCCUUCGAACGCCUGAAGUGUAUGCCCGCGCCUUAAGCGUACCAUAGACAUUGUAGAGCAUUGGUACUUGUAGCUUUUUGUCACGUUUAUUUUCACGAUCACUGUUCUAGACGCUUUUUUAAUUCCUGUUAGAAAAAGCUUUAGAAUGGUAUGACUGCUAAAAAGGCAAGACAGACUCACAUUUAUUGGUCUGAAUUUUGGUUAAUAUUAUGUAUUAAAUGGUACUGAGGAGGAUGUGAAGGCAAUUUUGCUCAUUGUUUGUUCAGGUAUGUGCUUCGGCUAGAGUUGACAAUAAUUACCAUAAUUAAACAGUAUUUAACUACUUUUAUCAUAAGAAUAUGCAAUUUUAAAACAAUUUAAAGGAAUAACCGUGAUAAAAAGUUGCUAAUGUGUUCUGGGCCUUAGACCUUGCGUAAGUGUUACCAGUGUAGAAAUUUGUCUACCAUUUAGUAGUUUCAUUAGUUACUAAUAAGAGUAACGCUAUUAGAAAACUACGAGCACUAUUUUAUUUUGGAAUUCGAAUUUAAAGAUGCAUUUUGACUGUUGCUGGUAAGGAUUUUUUUGUAAGCUAUAGAUGAAUUAGGUAGUAUUAUCAUGGCCUUAUAAUGAAAUAGAAAUGGAUGUUGUUUGUCGAAGUUAAUGAUAUAAAUAUUGUUGUUAUACAUACAUUACUUUUACACACCACUGAAUAGAUAUACUUAAGCAUUAACUUUUUCUUGCGAAGUCUUAUUUUUAGUGGAACGUUUAGUGGAUAUAAUGUUUUUAUUUUAUAUUUAUAUUUUAGUUUUAAUAUCUGAAUAAAACGUAUUAUUAACCAUA